CAGCGAAGAAACCAGCAGCAGAAGCAGCAACAAGAGCUGCUGAAGUUGCAGGAGCAGCAGCAGCAGCAGCAGCACCAGCAGCAGCAGCAACGACGCCGCAGCGCCAAGGCAGCAGCAGCAGAAGCAGCAGCAGCAACGACAGCAGCAACAACAGCAACACGAGCAGGAACGACAGUAGCAUCAACAAGAGCAACAGCAACAGCAGCAGCAACAACAGCCACAGCAACAGCAGCAACAGCAGCAACAGCAGUAGCAACAGCAGAAGGGGCACGAGCAACAGCAGUAGCAAGAACUAACAGGGGCAGCAGCAACACCAGCAGCAGCAACAUCAGCAGCAGCAACACCAGCAACACCAGCAGCAGCAGCAACAGCAACACCAGCAGCAGCGACUACAGCAGCAGCAACAGCAGCAACACCAGCAGCAACAGCAACAGCAGCAGCAGCAGCAGCAGCAAGCUGCACCUUUGUGCAAAAGCUGCCCAAGACUCGAAGCCUCUGCCGCGGGCCAGUUUUUGCCUGAGGGCCAAAAGAUGA